GAGAGCGAGAGAGCGAGGCUCCGCUUGGCACCUCCUGGCACCGCCUUCCCAGCCGGACAGAGCAAGGAGCAGCAGGAGCCCUGCCUGGAGGACGAUGACCAGCCAGACGGAGCUCUCCAGCCAGCCAUGAGCCAGACGCCGAGCGGGGCCGCCCCUCGCUUGCUCCCGGAGGGCAGCACCGGCAGGACCAAGCCUCAGCCUUCUCAGACUCGAGCCUCUUCCCCGGCGAGGCCCAAGGAGCCUCAGCCUCCUCCUCUUGCUGCUGCUGCUCAGGCCAGGCAGCCCUCCCGCUCCAAAGCAACAAAGCAGACCCCCACGCAAGCCCCUAAAAACCCUCGAGCCAAAGGAGGAGCAGGAGGAGGCGGAGGCGAGAAGCCGCCCUCGUGGCCGCCGGGCGCUGUCCAGGGCGGGGAUGGUGCUGAAGCGCAGCAUUCGAACCCACCUCCCGGCCUGGAGAAGCCAGAAGCGCCGCCCAGAGACGAGGAUCCCGCCCCUGAAGGAGAAAGAGAAGGAGGAGGAGGAGGAGGAGGCUCCAAGGGAGGGAACCGGGGGAAAGCAGCUGGGAGGCCCCCUUCCAAGGCAGCAGCAGCAGCAGCAGGAUCAGAGGCUGGGUCCUCUCUGGGCGCCAUCCCCAGCAAAGGUUUCUGGAAGGAGGGAUGCCUCCAGAGUGAGCUCCUCCAGUUCCACCUCCGGAAGGGCUUGGCUGCAGCAGCGGCGGCCCAGAUGCAAAGCCAAGGCCAAGGCAGCGAUGGCGGAGAAGGAGCAAGGGACAGCAAGGCAGCGGUCCCCUCCAGCCCCUCCUCGGCAAUGGGCCCCACUGCAGAGAACCCCGGGGAGGAGAAGGAGGAGAAGAGCAAGGCCCUGAGCCCAAGGCAGCAGCAGCAACAGCAGGAGGAGCUGCAGGAAGAGUUGGAGAAGCUCUGGGAGGAGAACGAGGCCCUCAAGAAUGAGAUAGAUGAGCUAAGGACAGAGAUGGAUGAGAUGAGAGACAGCUUCUUUGAAGAAGAUGCCUGCCAGCUACAGGAAAUGCGCCAUGAAUUGGAGAGGGCCAACAAAAACUGCAGGAUCCUUCAGUAUCGUCUUCGCAAAGCAGAGCGCAAGAGGCUUCGUUAUGCAGAGACGGGGGAAAUUGACGGAGAGCUUCUGCGUAGCCUGGAGCAGGACCUCAAGGUGGCAAAGGAUGUUUCAGUGAGACUUCACAAUGAGUUGGAAAAUGUGGAAGAAAAACGUACUACCACAGAAGAUGAAAAUGACAAGUUACGACAACAACUGAUAGAAGCAGAGAUCGCUAAGCAGGCUCUGCAGAAUGAACUUGAGAAGUUGAAAGAGCAGUCAAUGAAAAGAAGAGGAAGCAAAGACCUGCAGAAAUCGGAAAAAAAGUCACAGCAGACACCCACUGAAGAGGACAGUGAAGACCUGAAAUGUCAGUUGCAGUUUGCUAAAGAAGAGGCUGCACUGAUGAGGAAAAAAUUGGCCAAAAUAGACAAAGAGAAGGACAGAUUUGAACAUGAGCUUCAAAAGUAUAGGUCAUUUUAUGGUGAUCUAGACAGUCCCUUGCCAAAAGGGGAAGCAGGAGGCCCACCUACCACAAGAGAAUCAGAACUCAAGCUUCGUUUAAGGUUAGUCGAGGAAGAAGCCAAUAUUCUGGGAAGGAAAAUUGUGGAACUGGAAGUUGAAAACAGAGGGUUAAAGGCAGAGCUUGAUGACUUAAGAGGAGAGGAUUUCUCAGGGACAACAAACCCUCUCAUGGGGGAGCAGAAUGAAUCUCUGUCCGAGUUACGACAGCAUCUGCAGCUGGUUGAGGAUGAAACUGAACUGCUGCGGAGGAACUUAGCUGAUGCAGAAGAACAAAACAAGCGCAUCACAGCAGAGCUGAACAAAUAUAAAUACAAGACAGGGGCUCAUGACACAUCAAGGCACCAUGACAAUGCCAAGAUGGAAGCCCUGCAAGAGGAGCUGAAAGCUGCACGCAUGCAGAUCAACGAACUCAGUGGUAAAGUCAUGCAGCUGCAGUAUGAGAACAAAAUUCUGAUGUCUAACAUGCAGCGCUAUGACCUGGCUUCUCAUUUGGGGAUCCGAGGCAGCCCCAGAGAUAGUGAUGCUGAAAGCGAUGCAGGGAAAAAGGAAAGUGACGAUGAUUCACGUCCCCCACAUCGCAAAAGAGAAGGGCCCAUUGGUGGAGAAAGUGACUCGGAGGAGGUCCGAAACAUCCGUUGCUUGACCCCAACGAGAUCCUUCUAUCCUCCCCCAGCAGGAUGGCAGAAAAGCUUCACAGACAGGCAGCAAAUGAAGGACAUCCGAUCGGAAGCAGAACGCCUGGGCAAGACGAUAGAUCGCCUGAUUUCGGACACCAGCACCAUCAUAAGCGAAGCGAGAAUUUUUGUGGCCAAUGGGGACUUCUUUGGACUUAUGGAUGAGGAAGAUGAUGGCAGUAGGAUUCGAGAGCAUGAACUUCUCUAUCGGAUAAAUGCCCAGAUGAAGGCAUUUAGAAAAGAGCUCCAGGCCUUCAUUGACAGAUUGGAAGUUCCAAAAUCUUCGGAUGAUCAGACUGCAGAUGAACCUUUGUCAGUGAGUCAGAUAAGAAGUUCAAGAGCUAUAGUUUCUGUAGUAAUCACUGCUGUAAAAACACUGAAGACUACUCAUUUGAAAGACGGGAAAUCAGCCAUGUUUGGAUGCCAAAAAAUAAAUUACAAAAGGAGCAAAAAUUCCACAAAUGAAUCAAAACUCUGCUCUUCAGAAAUGCUAGGAUCAGUAACUUCAGAACUGGAAGUCUUUUCCUCACCUCACUGUUUUCACUACAACUUUACUUUUGGACUGACAUACACGCAAAGGGAUUCUUCUGCUACAAAAGAGGAGAAGAGUCUCACAAGCUUAGAGGAGAAGAGUCUCACAAGCUGACUUGUGACAGAAUGAAGCCAUGGCAGGUAUAAACAGGAAAUAAUGUGUUUGAUCCAGAAUUAGUUUUGGAGAGUCUUUUUGGAGCAAAACUGAGAAGGGAAAAAGACCAAGCCAUUUGGAGCUUCAGAGUCCAAUGAC